GUUUUCUCUUCCUUAAUCAUCUUAUUCCGAGCGUCUGUUAGGGUGACUGCAAAUUAAUUGUCACCUCAUGGCAUGAUGCGCUUCUACAACCUACAACAUCCUUCAGUAUACCUAAAAACACAUUUAACAAAUCCAACAAGAAUCACAUUCCAUCGCUACAAAGAAAGUCGUAACUUUCGUCACAAAUGAGAAUGGACUCUUAUGGUCCAUCGAUACUGGCGACAACAAUCCUUUUUCUUAUUCUCGGUGUUCUCGUUGUCUCACUCCGUUAUUAUACACGAGUGGUAAUUCGAAAUACUAUUGGCCAUGACGAUUUUCUCAUUCUCUUAUCUCUGGGCCUUUAUAUCGUAAUGGCAUCAUUACUCUUCGUCGGCGUUCAACGAGGCAUCGGCCAACACAAGAAGGAAAUGAAGACGGGUGACAUUGUUGAAAGCUCCAAGUACGUCUGGUUCACGGUCUUAAUUUAUAUAAAUGUUGUGACGGCAGUCAAGGCUUCCUAUGCGACAUGUCUCCUUCGUCUCACUGAGGCCAGUCCUUGCGCAUACGCUCUUUGGGCUGGACUAUCAAUCAAUGUUGUCCUAUGUUUCAUAGCAAGCUUUUACCUAAUUUUCAAUUGUCGGCCAAUUUCAUACGCUUGGAAGCAGGGCGAUUCGAGCGUAGAUGGAUAUUGUAAUUACGACUCAGCAGAUGCUCUAGGUUAUGCCUGGGCCGGAAUGUCUCUAGCGCUAUAUCUCCUCUUUACACUCAUUCCGGUCGCAUUAGUUUGGAAUAUGCAAAUGCACAUAAAAACGAAGACAUUCGUCGUCACUGUCCUGGGGUUAGGAUUAUUCGCUGGUGUUGCUUGUGCUGUAAGAAUCGGAGUGUAUGCUGUGGAUUUAGAUUAUACAGAUCCUCUAUAUUCAAUAUCUCCGAUGCUUAUUUGGUCCGUAGUUGAAGCUGGCCUGGGAAUCGUUGCAAGUUGCAUCGCAACAUUAAGACCUCUCCUUCGACACUACAAUAUUCAAGGCCUAGAAGAAAUCGAACUCGAAGGUGAUGACGGACACGGUGAGGGUGGACAAGGACACUUUCAACCGGCAUACAAAAUGUCAACAGUAUCCCAAAUCCUUAACAAGUUCACAGGUCAUGGUGCACAUACCGUGACCGUCAUUCACCAAGGAAGUGAAGCUACGAUUCCCGCGAAUGGCCAAAUCAAGGAGAGGAAGACGUAUAAUAUUUCUACUCUUCAGAGAACUUCGGCGGACAUGCAACACGAACGUGAAAUGCAAGGAGUUGCUGGCAAAGUUCCCGAGCCAGAUGAUGUGAAUACCGGGGGUUGGUGAGAGCAAACAAGAUUCAGAAUGAUUGCGAUAACACAGUAACAUUGGUCUUCGAGAAAAGAAGAAAUUGGGUCAAAGAUUCAUUUAUAUUCAGGUUAUGGUGCUGUUUUGAUCAAUGCAAAUACAUUUUCAGGUUCUGUUCUA